UUGCCCAAAAUGAGGAAGCGCCAUACACACGGCUGCAGAGUCGCCUUGGGGGCCUGAGGAGCGUAGGGGACAGGUCAUCCUGCUCAGGGCCCUGGAGCUGCCUUGGCGGGACCUCCCAGGCCCCGAGCCCGGCACCCCGGCCCGCCCAGAACCCGCGCCAGCCCCGCCCCGACAGCCUCACCUGGUGCAGCUCAUCACCUACCAGCUAGUGGCCAGUGGUCGUUAUGUGGCUAGCCUACUUGCCUUCCUUUCAUGUAACUUUUCACAAGAAAACUGCUCAACUCUGAUUUAUGGUGAUACAAGGGAUUGAACCUAGGACUUUGGAUCCUCAGACAUAAGAGUCUCUUUGCAUAACCUUUAUGCUAUCUACCCCCACCCAAUAGACAGACCUUCUUACAUCCUGGACCCCUGAGGAGAAGACAUAGGCAUGGCUGACAGUGCUAACCACCUGCCCUUCUUCUUCGGCAACAUCACCCGGGAGGAAGCAGAGGACUACCUUGUGCAGGGGGGCAUGAGUGAUGGACUCUACUUGCUGCGUCAGAGUCGCAACUACCUAGGGGGCUUUGCUCUGUCUGUAGCACAUGGAAGGAAGGCGCACCACUACACCAUUGAGCGGGAACUGAACGGCACCUAUGCCAUCGCAGGUGGCAGGACCCAUGGCAGCCCUGCAGAGCUCUGCCAUUAUCAUUCCCAGGAGUCCGAUGGCCUGGUCUGCCUCCUUAAGAAGCCCUACAACCGACCACCUGGAGUGCAGCCCAAGACCGGACCAUUUGAGGACCUGAAGGAGAACCUCAUCAGGGAAUAUGUGAAACAGACUUGGAAUCUGCAGGGUCAGGCACUGGAACAGGCAAUCAUCAGCCAGAAACCUCAGUUGGAGAAGCUCAUCGCCACCACAGCCCAUGAAAAAAUGCCCUGGUUCCAUGGAAAAAUCUCUCGGGAUGAGUCUGAGCAAAUUGUCCUGAUAGGAUCAAAGAUAAAUGGAAAAUUCCUGAUCAGGGCCAGGGAUAACAAUGGGUCCUAUGCCCUGUGCCUGCUGCAUGAAGGGAAGGUGCUGCAUUACCGCAUUGAUAAGGACAAGACGGGGAAGCUCUCCAUCCCUGAUGGGAAGAAGUUUGACACGCUCUGGCAGUUAGUUGAACAUUAUUCUUAUAAGCCAGAUGGUUUAUUGAGAGUCCUUACAGUUCCAUGUCAAAAAAUUGGUGGGCAAGCAGCAGGAAAUAUUACUUUUGGAGCUCGUCCCCAGCUUCCAAUCUCCCAUCCUGCGACUUGGUCAGCGGGUGGAAUAAUCUCAAGAAUCAAAUCAUACUCCUUCCCCAAGCCUGGCCACAGAAAGACCACCUCCACCCAAGGUAACCGGCCAGAAAGCACAUUUAACCCCUACGAGCCAGACCGAGGACCCUGGGUCACAGACCGAGAUGCCCAGAGAGAAGCCUUACCCAUGGACACAGAGGUAUAUGAAAGCCCCUAUGCAGACCCUGAGGAGAUCAGGCCCAAGGAGGUCUACUUGGACCGGAAGCUGCUGACUUUGGAGGAGAAUGAGCUGGGCUCUGGUAACUUUGGGACCGUGAAGAAGGGCUAUUACCAGAUGAAGAAAGUUGUAAAAACAGUCGCUGUGAAAAUUCUGAAAAACGAGGCCAAUGACCCUGCUCUUAAAGAUGAGUUAUUAGCAGAAGCAAAUGUCAUGCAGCAACUGGACAACCCUUACAUUGUACGCAUGAUUGGGAUUUGUGAAGCUGAGUCUUGGAUGCUGGUUAUGGAGAUGGCAGAGCUGGGCCCACUCAAUAAAUAUUUACAACAGAACAGGCAUGUCAAGGAUAAGAACAUCAUAGAGCUUGUUCAUCAGGUUUCUAUGGGAAUGAAGUAUUUGGAAGAGUGCAAUUUUGUGCACAGGGAUCUGGCUGCAAGAAAUGUCCUGCUGGUUACUCAACAUUAUGCCAAGAUCAGUGAUUUUGGGCUUUCCAAAGCACUUAGUGCUGAUGAAAACUACUACAAGGCUCAGACACACGGAAAGUGGCCAGUAAAGUGGUAUGCACCAGAAUGCAUCAACUACUAUAAGUUCUCCAGCAAGAGUGAUGUCUGGAGCUUUGGAGUCUUAAUGUGGGAAGCAUUUUCUUAUGGGCAAAAACCAUAUCGGGGAAUGAAAGGAAGUGAAGUUUCUGCCAUGCUGGAGAAAGGAGAGAGGAUGGGGUGCCCCCCAGGUUGUCCAAGGGAGAUGUAUGAGCUGAUGAACCUGUGCUGGACGUAUGAGGUGGAGAACAGGCCUGGAUUCGUAGCAGUGGAACUCCGACUGCGUAAUUACUACUAUGAUGUAGUGAACUAAAGAAUGGCUCCUGCAUCUGUCUGUGACUGCCUUCAAGCAAAAAACGAUCCAUGGAAAAGGUAUUCCAGCGCAUGGAUUUGAGACUCUCUCUCUCCCUUUGCCCAUCUGGGAGAGUAUCAGCCUUGUGUGGGGCAUUCCUAUGACUCUUUAUUCCCCGGAGCCUGCUCCAGAUCAUCACCUCUACAAAGCAAAUGUGUCCCAGAAGAGCCAUGGAAAGAAAAUGGAAAACCGAAUCAAAGAGACUAUGCAUUCGUUCUCUGUAUGGUUUUCAUGCCAGAUUAUUUUCAGGAUGGAUUUUCCAGACUCCUUUCCUGUUUCAUUUUUCUGCUGCUGGGCUGCUUUGGCUUCUGCUGGCUGGCCUGGAAGCCUUGCCCAGUGAUGCCGGACUCACCAGCGCUGCGUGUUCAGUGUCUAAAGGGUGCAGUUAGCUAUAGGGCUCAGAGUAAGGAGGAAACAUGGAGGAGAAGAUAACUUGACCAUCUCCAAGACUUGACUCCAACAGACAGCAAGAUGGUGCCCUGCCUGCCACUGGAAAGCAUUCCCAGUGAUACAAGUGCUUUAAGGCUUAAAAACUAUAAGAAUAAAAGAAAAUAAAGCUG